GGAUCUUGUAGUUCCACCAUUUGCUUAUAUUUUUGUCUGUGGAGUGUGGAGUAAAGCGGAGUGAUGAGUGACUUGUGGAGUGACGAGGAGCAGGAGAGUGAGCUGAUGGAGGAGCAGGAGGAGGAGGUGGAAGGGAGACGUCAAGGUGACAACGACAUGGAGGACAUCCUUGAGACAGACGAAGAUGAGGACAUGUCUGUAACUGGCGACAGAGAUUCGAGGAGAGAAAGACCUAGAGGAAGAGCUGGAGAAGGAAGAGGGAGAAGAGGAGGAGGCGAAGGGGGAGCAGGAGGAGGAGAAGGCAGAAGAGGAGGAAGGGAAGGAGCCGAAGGAAGAAAUAGAGGAGAGGAGGAUGGCCAACAACGAAGAGGAGGAAGGCCAGACGAAGAACAGUCUCCUCCCCCGCCGUCGCCGCCUCCGCAACCCCCCGUCGUUUUCCCCCCUCCGUCCCUCACGCCGCAGCCAGAGGAGGACGCAGGUGUACCUGUUCCUUCCUGGUCAUCAGUCCUGAACACCCUGGGGCCGGACCACCCUCUGCUCAAGCGCUUCCAGGAGGCCAAGAGAAGGCAGCUCCUGCAGGAGAAAGAUCAAUUGCAAUUACGCCUUCGCCAGCUGUCUGACCAUCCACCUCAGCAGAGCACAGACGUCGAGCAUCAGCCUCACAGCCACGACACUAUACUUACUCCAGCCAAUCACUCUGUACUCGCGGUGUCGCUGUUACCUAUCGCUCAAUGUCUCCCUAUCUGUGCAUCAACCCCCAUCACUCUCCAUAUGCUCAGAUCGCCACCUAUGCCUCACCGCCCUAUCUACUGCUCCCUACUUGCCUCCCCAUCUCCUUGUUAUGCUCAAGUUCCGGUAACCACCCGCUACCAACACAACGCGUCAGUGGACACUGAUAGAUCUCUAGCUUCAUCCCAACCAGAGCUGAAGAUUUCCGCCAAGAAAACGUCACUCCUACUCAAUCACGUCCGCAGCACCAGCGAUCUUGAUCCCCAGCACCGUCGCGCUCCACGAAUACGAUACAACAUCUGCCUCCGGCGCAAUCACAUGUCUCGUAGUCACACGAGCACAGAUCUCUAUGACCAUGUGAUAUCUACACUAGCGGGGCUUAUCACACUACCCAGGCCUAGAACGACACACUGA